AUGGAGCCGGCCCCCUCCGCCGACGCCGCGCUGCAGCCCCCGCUCCUCGCCAACACUUCGGACGCCUUCCCCAGCGCCUUCCCCAGCGAGGGCGCCAAUGCGUCGGGGCCGCCGGCCGCCCGCAGCGCCUCGUCCCUCGCCCUGGCUAUCGCCAUCACCGCGCUCUACUCGGCCGUGUGCGCCGUGGGGCUGCUGGGCAACGUGCUCGUCAUGUUCGGCAUCGUCCGGUACACUAAGAUGAAGACAGCCACCAACAUCUACAUCUUCAACCUGGCCUUGGCAGAUGCACUGGCCACCAGCACGCUGCCCUUCCAGAGUGCCAAGUACCUGAUGGAGACAUGGCCCUUCGGGGAACUGCUCUGCAAGGCUGUGCUCUCCAUUGACUACUACAAUAUGUUCACCAGCAUCUUCACCCUCACCAUGAUGAGUGUUGACCGCUAUAUUGCCGUCUGCCACCCCGUCAAGGCCCUGGACUUCCGCACACCCGCCAAGGCCAAGCUGAUCAACAUCUGCAUCUGGGUCCUGGCCUCGGGUGUGGGUGUCCCCAUCAUGGUCAUGGCUGUGACCCGCCCCCGGGACGGGGCAGUGGUGUGCAUGCUCCAGUUCCCCAGCCCUAGCUGGUACUGGGAUACGGUGACCAAGAUCUGCGUGUUCCUCUUCGCCUUCGUCGUGCCCAUUCUCAUCAUCACCGUGUGCUACGGCCUGAUGCUGCUGCGCCUGCGCAGCGUGCGCCUGCUGUCGGGCUCCAAGGAGAAGGACCGCAGCCUGCGGCGCAUCACGCGCAUGGUGCUGGUGGUGGUGGGCGCCUUCGUGGUGUGCUGGGCGCCCAUCCACAUCUUCGUCAUCGUCUGGACGCUGGUGGACAUCGACCGCCGCGACCCGCUCGUGGUGGCCGCGCUGCACCUGUGCAUCGCGCUCGGCUACGCCAACAGCAGCCUCAACCCCGUGCUCUACGCCUUCCUCGACGAGAACUUCAAGCGCUGCUUCCGCCAGCUCUGCCGCACGCCCUGCGGCCGCCCGGAGCCCGGCAGCUUCAGCCGCGCCCGCGAGACCACGGCCCGCGAACGGGUCACCGCCUGCACCCCGUCCGACGGUCCCGGCGGGGGGGCCGCCGCCUAA